UAGCAGUCUGUUGCUGAAGGAGCUGUUUAAGGUCUCCUCAGGGGCUGAGAGGAGGUGUUAAUGAUAGAUAGGAUAGAGCUGGCCCUCUUGACCAGUUUGUUGAGCUGCAGGGGGGGCUUUUUCAAAAUAUGGCAGUCAUGGAAUAUAUUAUGCACAACUAUGUUUUCAUUAUAAUCACCUGGAAAUAAGAAACUUUUGGUUUUGUCACUUUAAAAUGAGCCCUUUAUAUCUAUAGUGGGAGUGAGUCCUCUUCUGUGGAGCCAUGUUUAAACAUAAUAUUUCUACAAUAGUUCAGAACAGACAAACUAAGCACUAGCGCUAUAUGGGGCCUUGUUUCUCCUUCAUGCUAGAAAGGCAAAAGUGAGAUGAAGGUGAUCCAGCACUCUGUGGAGACGCUGCAAACAGCUUUAGUCUCCAAGUGUCAGGACUUGGCUAAACUUUACAGCAAGUACACAAAAGAAGAAAGGAAUCUUCUGGAGGAAGGAUUCCAGCCAGGGAAACCAGGUUCCCUUUUCCAGCCCAUCACAGUACAUUCGGACUCGGACUGGAUCCCUGCUCAUCCUGAGGAGCCUCAAGACUUUGAGAGUUUCUACAGAGAUCCUUUCCGCAAGACCCCAGAUGCGAGCCACAGUACAAUUUAUAUUCAAACCAUAGGUUCCUUUGGGGAGGUGGGAGCCCAGACAGACCAGUAUGUAGAGUGGCUUAGAGAAUACUGCCAGGCCUUCUUCUAUGGGCUUUCUGUCAAGUUUCUGCCAGCAGUUACUGUGGCUGAAACAGGGUGCUCUUUCAGGGUUAACAGUAACUCACACAACCUUCAGAUCCUCACUGGUGACCUGCUACGUUUCCUGGGAAACAGGAAACCAAAAGAUGCUUUUUGUAUUGUUGGAAUCACAAUGAUUGACCUCUAUCCAAAAGAAUCCUGGAACUUUGUCUUUGGACAAGCUUCUCUAAGCAUGGGAAUGGGUGUUUUCAGUUUUGCCAGGUAUGAUGACAACUUCUACAGCAGAAAUUAUGCUGGGAGGCUGAAGAAAUCGCUUCGGCCAAAGCAGGGGGACUACUCUGUGUUUGAUGGAUAUUACACACCCCCCAUCACUAGCACUCUGCUGCUUCGAUCCUGCAAGACAAUGACCCAUGAGAUUGGCCAUAUGUUUGGAAUAAAGCAUUGCCAGUGGUUGAACUGCGUCAUGCAGGGGUCCAACCACCUGGAGGAGUCUGAUCGUAGGCCCCUGGAUUUCUGUCCCAUCUGUCUUCGCAAGCUACAGGUCGCAAUCGGCUUCAAAAUAGCCGAAAGAUACAAGGCCUUACUGCACUGGAUGGAGGAGGACCAGAGUCAAACAGCCAGACCAGAAGAGGCCUCUGCUUGUCAGUUUACCAAACCAACUGAAGCCUUUCACACAUCCGGACUAUGGCUCCACAGGUGCCUCAACAUACUAGGAGGAAAAGAUUAACUAUAGUACUUGUUCAUAAAUCAGGUUGAGAUUGGGAAAUAAACGCAUAAGCUCUGAUCUUUUCAUAUAAUCCAUGCAGAACUAGCUUUCUUCUGCCUACUACUCGAUAUUUUGGAACGUUUUUUCAAACUUUUAGUUCUUAGAAAGUAAUUUUACAAAUAGAUGUUAUUUUGUGUGAAGGGCUUGCAAACAAAUUAUACAAAUUUUGUACAUGGAGAACAAAAUGCUGUACAAUGGUUCAACCAAACUGACAACUUAAAGGACAGAUAGGGAUAAAGAUCCCUUUGAGCAACAGUUAAAUAAUCACCAGUCAUUGGUAAA